AUGGAGAGUAAAAAGUGGUUAGAUUCCGCCGAUGUCGACCCAAAUCAUUUACGAGCACACUAUAUCUUGCGCGCGCUCAACGUUGCCCGUGCAAUGUACAGCAUCAAGCUCCAUGAUUGGCAAGCUGCCGCCAUCGCCGACGUAUUGAUGCACCGGGACGUCGUUGUCAGUGCCGGAACGGGCUCAGGGAAGAGCAUUAUCUUCCAGACGUUGCCAUAUACUGUGCAAAAUGGAAUUAUCCUAGUGGUAUCUCCACUGCUGAGCAUAAUGUACGACCAGGCAAGUAAUCAUGUAGCGUGGCUUCAAUCCAAUCAAAUAGGUGCUAUCGCUCUUACCGCGACGGAGAUUCAAGCGCGCCCCCAAGCAUUGCGUGAGGUCGCUGAGGGCAAAUAUCGUCUCGUAUAUGCAUCCCCAGAGGUCCUCCUUACCUCUGGGUCGUAUUUCUGGGUGCACAUACUGAGAAAGCCCUGCGCGUUCAGAGAUAACCUCCUUGCAAUAGCCGUGGACCAAGCUCAUGUGGUGUGGGGAUAUCGAACAUUCCGCCAAGAGUAUAGCAACCUCUCCGAUUUCCGCGCGCACCUACGCAGCAUUCCCAUCAUUGCACUGUCCGCGACACUUGCACCCAACGUAUUGGGCUAUAUCCAUAAGGUUUUACUGCUUGCGUCGCCGACUAUAAUAUACAGGCGGCCAAUCGGCCGUGCCAAUAUUACCCUCGCGGUUAUACCUAUUAGACAAGCAUUACUAGCUGCGCUACAUGAACUUGACUUUCUUAUAGACAGACAGGUGGUUAUUGGCUCUAUGAUUCCAAAGGCAUUCGUAUUUGUGGACAACGUUGAUAGCGCGCAUACAAUUGCGCGCUAUUUACGAAACCUCUUGCAUCCCUCGAUAUCUGCGCGCGCCAAAGAUCUUAUAAAGGUCAUGAGUGCAUCUCUUGAGCCAGACACCCGUGCACAAUACAUGAGAGGUGUGAAGGAUGGCUUGCACCGUAUAUUUGUUGGCACAGAGGUGUUUGCUAUGGGUAUCAACUUUCCAGACAUCGAUGUCAUCGUGCAGUGGGGAAUAAUGCCACAUCUUACCCUCGCUGCAGUAUGGCAGCGCAUUGGUCGCGCGGCGAGGGAUUCAACGCGCCAUACGGUGGCAUGCAUAUUUGUUCAGGAACGUUAUUUUCUGCCGGAGGAAAACGACCGCCCAGGGAAUGAAGGGGGCUUCUACUUUGGAUGGCGCCGCGCGGCUGACCCCGCGCGAAGGCAAUCCAUGGAGGAGUUUCUUAGGGGUCUAUACAGCGCACUCGCGGCGGAUGUGCAUUGUGUGCUGGAUAAUAUUGACCCUGCACUAGUAUGGUUUCUGAACACCGCGGGGUGCCGUUGGCGUGCUGGUAUUUGCGCGUUUGGGGACCCCUCCUGGAUAUCGGGCGUCGGUAUUCCCGUGCCUCCAACGAGUGCGACGGCGUCUACUUGUUGCGAUAAUUGUUUCUUCAAUAAUGCAAUAGAAUGGGGGGACGGGGAUUUUUUGAUAGGGCCUGUGGAUAUUCGGCGCUCAAUACGCUAUACAUAUACUACAGAGUACCACGAGACCCAGUAUUGUGUGCUAUUCGAGAAGAAUAUGGACGUAGUAGUGGCAAAGAGCAAUGCGCCCUCCAAAUCUGGGAUGGUAUUGGCGCGUGAGAAGCUUAUAGAAUGGCGCGCAAAGGAAUACAACGCCUGGGUGCGCGGGUUAUACCCUUCCUUGAUGCCUACGGAUUUCAUGAGCGAGGCUGCCAUCGCCAAAAUUACAGGGGAGCUAUUCACUAUUAACAGCCCAGAAUCCUUGGCCGAGGUACUGUCGCCUGAAGUGCAUCUGGAAUACUCUGUCCUCCAGGCCUCCACACAGUCGUUGCUAUCACUCAUCGACAGUAUCAAGAUGGUGAUUUCCCCGCGAAGACGUGAGCGAGCACCGCCACGGCCCCGAAUGUAUGAUUUCAGUUUUGUUCAAGUGGAUCCCGGAAACCCCGCGCAGGCGCCACUACUAGAGAUUCAGCGUGCCAUCGCAGCUACAGACAAAGCUAAAGAACAGCGCGCGGUGCAAAAGAGGACUAUUCUGGCGGCACGGAAGACACAGGAACAAGUUGAAUCAAAGGCAAUAGCAAGCUGGAACGAGAAAGCAAAGGGAUUAAAUCUGCCACUAAGGCCUCGGGGAGGGCUGCGCGCGGGUAAAGUCAGGGCCGCUGCUUCAGUACGCACGGGCAGGAAAGAGUGA